AUGACUUUGGACUUUACUCCUGGUGUAAGCAGUACGAAACAGGCAAAAAUAAACAACUUGCUUCAGUCGCCUGAUUUGAACUUGCUGAAGCUCGCCUCGCCCGAGUUGGAAAGGAUGAUUAUCCAAGCUAAUGGAAUGGUGACCACAACACCGACCCCAACUCAGUUUUUGUGCCCGAAAUAUGUGACCGAAGAACAAGAGGCCUAUGCCCGAGGAUUUGUGGAUGCCUUAGCAGAAUUACACAAAACUUACGGCGAAGAAAAAAAUUCUACAUCGCCUCCACCUGCUUUUCCUAGCGCUAGACUCACUUUUCCCUAUACUCAAACGUCGAAUGAUGGGAGCACCAAUACCCAGGGACAACAACAUGGGCUGAACACAAUGUCGGUGGCCGAUACAAAUAUUGUAAAUGGUCGGGUUCCGGCAACUUCUCAGCCACCUGUCGUAACUUCCCUGCAGUCGGGUACCACCACAGUAAUACCAUUGUCCACCCAUUCUUCUGUCAGUUCAACCGACGAAGCCCGUCUCGUGAAACUGAAGGAAGAACCACAAACUGUUCCAUGCUUGGGUAGCACCCCGCCACUAUCUCCGAUAAAUAUGGAAUCACAGGAAAGAAUAAAGUUGGAAAGAAAAAGAGCCAGAAACCGAAUCGCUGCCCGAAAGUGUCGGACGCGAAAACUCGAACGGAUAGCAAGACUGGAAGAACGAGUAAAAGAACUUAAGGAUCAGAAUACGGAACUGUCCCAAUUGUCUGCCACCCUUAGGGACGAUAUCUGCAAACUUAAACAACAAAUCAUCGAGCACGUGAACAGUGGAUGUCGGAUACUGAACAAUCAUAAUCUCAUGUGA